AUGGCCGUGUUCUGUCUGUGGUGGCAGCAUGAGCUCCCAGUGGUGUUGCUGCCCUUGAUUGCGGCCGCCGCGAAGAACAUCUUGGACACAGGCAACUGCUGUCAUGCUACCAGUACUGUGCUGAAGAAUUGGUGGACUGCCUGGACGGAAGGCAGUACUGCGGAUCGCAUGGAUGCCGCGCUGGCUGCACUGCAAACCCCUAGAAGCGCUGAAGACCUGCGCGAGGUUCUUCAGGCCUCGCCUGGUGAGUGCAAGAUGCUUCAGGUUUUGCAGCUGUCUGCCGGCCAAGGCGAGCCAGGUAUUCCGUGUGUCGACAACAUCACGCUGCUGCACCAAGCGGCGCACUUGUUUUACAACUUGUACAGGGAAAAGAAGCCUCCCAGCGGGUGGCAGGAAGCUGGCGAUGGUGUUCUGCUAUGGCCGGAAUUGGACGCCGAGUUCGAUCCGGACCAGGGUCAGCCCGGUCGAGGCGAGUAUCUUCGAGCUUGCGGAGCACUGCUGCCGAGGUUUCUCUCGGUGAUGGCAGAGAUAUCAGAAGCAUGGUUUCAGCAUCAGAGAGUCAGCUGGUCCUGCAUCGCUUGCGACUGUCUUGCUUUGCCAGUGCACCUCACAGGAAGACAGUUCGACCGGGUCUUCAGCUCGAACGUGGCAGAUCAUGUCGGAGUACCAGCUUUGGCGCUGGCUCUUGCCCCCUUAGGUGGUGAGCUCCAGGUGUGCUUGAGCAACAACCUGCGGGCUCUGGAUUUAAGUGGCGACAUCAAAACGCUCUUUCUCAAAGUGCACGGGAUCACGCUGGAAGCCGGCGCUGCAGCCUUGGGCUUUGCCCCGCACUCUGCUGACCAGGACAAGGUCUACCUGAAGCCGUGCGAGGUUCAAACACCUGCUGCCCUUGAAGCAUUGCGCAGGUGGCCUGCAGAGAGCGCGCGACGGCUGUAUCGCUGCCCUCGGCCAGAUGGUGACACACUUCGCCGAUUGCCUGGGCAUGGCAACCAGAUACGCUCGGCGCUUCACAGUCUCGCCGGUGUCCGUAAUGCUCAUCGCCCGCUUCAUCGAGCGCAUGGCUGCAGUUCAGCCCGAAGCGGCUGUGGAGGUGUUUCGAGAAGUUCUCGAAGUUGCACCCAACUCACGCAUGCGGCUGGAACAGUGUCUACGUCGGUCGCAGCUUCCAAAGAUAAUGCGGUCACAGGUGAAGCCACGCUCGUGGAGGCGUGUGGCGUUUGA